AUGCAUCCUGGGUCUGACCCAAUGGGUGUACCUCCCAGCUUUGCAACGCGGAGGCCUCACGCCCAGCAACUGGGCAGCUUUGAGCUACCCCCACCACCCAUGCACAAAUAUCCCUUCACCAACACCGUCACCACAUCUCAGUCAUCACAGGCUCCGACUACGAUAGCCAGCGUUGGCAACCUUUUGACUCCGCCAAAUACACACCACAGUGAUGUGAUAGGCUCAUCAGGAGUCUCUACAAGCAGCGCACAGUACUCCACAGCAAUGGCAUACUCCAACGGGCAGCAGUACAUCUACUCCCCGCCAGCGCAGGGAUCGGCUGCGCACUACGGGUACCCGGCUGCACAUCAUCAACAGCAGAGCCAAUACGGCCAAGCCCGUGGAGGUAUGUUUGCUCCACCGCGCAGUGAAGGCCAGCUUGGACGACAAGACUCACUGGGCAAAGGGCUGAAUCCGCCACCAUAUGAGAUGAACCAGCAACUUCCACCUUUUACGCCUUCGUCCAACGGAGCGAGCAUGCCUUCGAUAUCCACACAACAACAUCAUCAUCAACAACAACAUCAACAUCAACAACCCCAGCAUCAACAUCAGCAACACCACCACCAACAGAUGAUGAGCGCACAAACACCAGUCUCUUCCUCGGCACCACAACAGUCGCCUGCCCUUAGCCAGGACUCCUUCAGGCCACCACAACCACCGACUCCAACAUAUAGUUACCACACAGCCAGUACUCCUCAGCAUUCCAACUUCCCCUAUUCUACUGGCCCAUCUCCCACAUUAAGCCAGCAACAAAGCCCCAUUAGCGCUGGUGGAUCCAUGCAUCGGAUGUCACCCGCCGUAUCUCAGGGCUCCAUCCCCUCGAUCCCUUCCAACAACCCUGCACAAUCACCCUAUCAAUACCAGCAAAGGCCACCACUACAAUACCCCGGUAGCCAAGCACCCGUCUUCUCCAACGUCCAGAACCCCAACGGUGGACUGGCACUUGUCGGAGGCCAUCCCGCGAUGAUGCCAGGUUUCAACAGCGGACAUGCGGCAGCUAUGCCUCAUUUCAUGGGCCACCCGCAACACCAACAGCCUGCUGCUAACGACCGGCCGUUCAAGUGCGACCAGUGCCCGCAGAGCUUCAACCGGAAUCACGACCUGAAAAGGCAUAAGAGGAUUCAUCUUGCUGUUAAGCCUUUCCCUUGCAAUCACUGCGACAAGAGCUUCUCGAGGAAGGAUGCGCUCAAGCGACACAUACUCGUCAAAGGAUGUGGGAAAGCCACCGCCGACGACAACAACAGCAAACGCGAAACUCCGUCGCCUAAAAUCGAAGACUCGAAGCACUGA